UGGUGUGGUCCACCACAGAGAAGCUGCUCUGGCAUGAUGACUUUAAUUAAUCUACAAGCUAUUGUUCAGCCUUCUGACGCACACACACACACACACACACACACACACACACACACACACACACACACACACACACACACACACACACACACACACACACACACACACACACACACACACACACACACACACACACGAGUGUUGGUGAGCGGCUGUGUCUGACUGCUGACGCUCGGUGUGUGUUGUUAUUUCUGCAGUGAGACAAACUCACCUCGCACCGUCCAGAGUUUGUUCUUUAAAGCUUCUAUUAAAUCCACCUUGUUGACGUAUUUAACACGUUUCCUCUACACUGCAGGAGGUAAAGUUUACAUUACGGAGUAAAAGUUCAGCAGAAGCUGUGUGCCAGGUGGUGGGAGGGGGGACGGUGCUCCACACAGACAGCUGGUGUGAUCAGCUCUGAAAAGCGUUGAUCACAAUUUGCAGAUCACGUUUAUUUUUCACGGAGAUCGGCCGCGGAUUCCUCUUCUGUCGGCAUACUAGGAAUCAAAACUAGGAAUCGAAAUGAAAAAACUUUGAAUGAUUCCAGGAAAAACAAACAACUGGUCCCGGUUCCAAUUGAUGCUCAAUGCUCAACCCUACUCUUCAUCCACCAAAUUUGUUUUCUCCAAAGUCAUGUUUUAUCUUGCAAGAUUACUCAUCUGAGUGGGUUUGUGGGCUGUGUAUUGUUUUUAUCCAGUGGCUAAUCACUACCUCCUCAUCACCAAGCCACCCCUAAAGAUGUUUGUCCUCCACAAUCCCCUGAACUGUCUGGUGAUCUGAUCUCCAUCUCCACCGAAGAAACGCUCCCAGAGCUCUGCGCCGAUCCAGUUUAUCAUCCCAGCUGGUUCUGUUAACAAAAGCGAAACUUACUGUGUUUACUUUCAUCGUGUAUGGUUGCAGGCCAGAGCUCAGCAGUAGCUCCCCACGUGAUCCUGACCCCUCCCUCUGUUGCAGCAAGGCGGAUUAUGCAUUCACAAGUCCGGUGUUGUGGCACUAUUACUGCAAAGCUUGAUGGAACGAAUGUCGCAAAAUUCCUGCAUUGUCAUGUACUGCGCCUUGGGGGAUUGUAGAACCCUAGAAGGUGCUAUACAAAACCAGGACAUUUAUCAUUUCUGUUGUCACAUUACAGCUUCUGUGGUUUGUUAUCUCUUGUAUGCCCUGCCUCAGUUCCCAUGUGUUGUGGCUGGGUAGUUAAGACUUUCUGCCCCUCUAGUGCAUCUGGGAUUUUUUAAAUUCCUUUCCCUCCUCCGUCUGCACCACCUUCAGAGCCAUGUCAUGGUUCAAAAUGCCUGUCAGUGCAUGUAACCGUUGACUGGUCAGAUGCUGUGUCCCGUCAGUCAUUGCAGCAAUGUGCCCGGUGUCCAAUAACUCAUCUCCUGCCUGUGCUGACUAUCCUCUAUGUUCAGCAAGCCGCACGGCAGCGCAUCUUUCACAUGUUUGCAGAAAAUGUGUCCUCUUGUGCAAAAUACUCCUCCUUUAGGUCUUCUCCCGGUGGGAUGUGCCUGUAAAACCUCACCAGGGAGGCAUCCAGGAGGCAUCCUAAUCAGAUACCCGAGUCACCUCAACUGGCUCCUCUCGACGAGGAGGAGCAGUGGAUCUACUCCGAGCCCCUCCCGAAUUAGAGCCCAGCCACCCUGCAGAGAAAACUGAUUUUGGCUACCCAAAGCUUGUGACCAUAGGUGAGGGUAGGAAUGUACAUCGACAGAUAAAUCUUUUCACCACGACAGACCGGUACAACGCCCACAUCACUGCAGAUGCAGCACCAGUCCGCCUAUUGAUCUCACGCUCCCACUUCCCUCACUCGUGAACAAGACCCCGAGAUACUUAAACUCCUCCACUUGGGGCAGGACCUCAUCCCUGACCCGGAGAAGGCAUUCUACCCUUUUCCGGCUCAAGACCAUGGUUGUACAAUAUUCCACAAGAAAAUGGAAGACCUUUUUAAGAAAUAAAUGGAGAGCUAACUAUGUAUCCAUUAGGAGGAAGAAAUAAAAUAGUCAGUGUGUAAUAGGAAAACGGUACGUCUCCAGGUCAAAUACAGACAAGGGGCUUGAGGCAAUUUCAGCUCCUUCCAGCAUGAUGAACUCAAAUCUGUGACAGAACUGUUCUCAGUCCCACUCUGGACUCUGAGUAAUUCACACAGUUGUUUUAAACAAAGGAGAAGAGUGCUCAGAACUAAAAUAUUCAAUUCAAUUCAAAAAUACUUUAAUAAUCCCAGAGGGAAAUUGAUUGCUGUAGUAGCUCAGAAUAAUAAUAAUAAUCAAGUCAUCAAAGAGUUGUUGUAUAUUACAAUGGCUGUUGGCAGGAAGGAUCUCCAUUAGCGGUCAGUGCUGCAGCCAAACUGAAGAAGCCUCUGACUGAAGACACUCUUCUGUUGUCGGACAGUCUUGUGAAGACAAUGCUCAGGGUUGUCCAUCAUUUUCUUGAUUCUCUGGAGAAUCCUUCUUUGCAUGAUCUCCUCCAGCGGUUCCGAAACUGCCAAAACUCUGGCUGAGUCCUUGAAAGGGCUUGGAGUUCCUCCAUCUUGUUGGCCAGUGAUCUCACAUUAUGAUCGAUGGAAGAAAUGGUUUGAAUUUCCUCUUUCUCUGUCUCCGUUUUGCUCCCGCUCUGCACCCACGCUUCUUGCGUUUUAGCUCAUUUGGGAUUUGUGGCUUCAGUUGAGGUAUUAUUUCAGCCUUUCCAAUGUUAAUCAGCUGCUCCUGAUUGUAAACCAGCUUGUUACCAUGGUUACACAUCAUAACAAAUGCUCAAAAAGUGAAAAAGCUAAAAAAAUAGCAGUAAAAAUCCUCCAAGCUUCACAGCACCAGAAACAGAAAAGUAAAAUGCCCCAAAAAGUACAGUUUUUCGUGAGAAACUAGAAGAAAAAAUGCCCAAGAAAAGGCAAAACUUACAUACAGUCAGCAGAGCUACUCCAACAUGCAGCCACCCAGAGCAGCACCGUUCCUUUUCUUCCAUUUUACUGACUCCAAAAUCAAAUCGAAGCCAAUUUUUUUAUCUAAGUCACUUACAUUUAUUCAAAUAAAUCAAAAAGUAAAAAUUUUUGUCAUCAAAAAUGUUAACCAUGGGUUGUGUUUGUAUUUGUGUCAAAUCAUCAGGACCUCAUUACUGACCAAAAUAAUUGUGAUGCAACUGUUCUUCCACCCUUGAGCAGCCCUUGGGCUAAGUGGAAGAGAGAAUAGAGUGAAGUGGGAUUUCAUCUUCAGGAAAUGUUAAUACUUGCUACCUUCUGGCUAAACCCCAGGACCGUGUUUUCAUGAUAAGUGGCAGACAGCUUAGAAGGCUGUUCUUUUUGCUGUUCUCAGAUUAUUAUGUUCCUGGUGUGGCAGCAUGGGUACAGCUGAUGGAAAACACGCCAGGCCUCUCAUUUGAGGGCAUGAUGGCACAGCAGCUGAAUUGAAGACAACCCAUUAUAUUUGCUCUUUGGGCUCUUGUGUUAAGUGUGAUAUGCACACUUUCCCUUAAGUGCAUCAAAAGGUGACUCUGGCUACUGCUGGCAGGAUUCCCAACCUCUGGAGGCAAACUGAUGGAAGGGAGUGAUAAUGCAAGACAGGGGUGGGGAAAAGGGUUGAACUGUGUUGGGAUGAGGCUCUUCUUGUGUCAUUAAAAAGUCAUGUUAAAGGGAUGUAGGGAGACAAAAUGAUUUGAGCAAAAAGGACAAGAGAAAGGAACGUUUCUAGGUCGGUGAAAAGCUGGGGGGCUAAUGAGCAGGAUACAGGAAACGUGUCAGUGAUUAAACUAAAGUGUUAGUCACACCGAGAUGUGUGUGUGUGUGUGUGUGUGUGUGUGUGUGUGUGUGUGUGUGUGUGUGUGUGUGUGUGUGUGUGUGUGCGUGUGUGUUUUUAACUGCUUGGAAAGUUGUGUGUAUGAAUUGUACUCGGGCUCAGCUGCACAUGUGCUUGUAAAUAUCUAUCCCAUGACCCUGGGAAAAGUGUUUAGCAACUGAACAAAAAUUGGCUCAAAGGUAGAGGCCAAGAAAACAAGUGGUGCUCUCACCAAGAGCCUGUGUGCUCAUGGGUAAUAUUUCAGAGGUACCGUAGUGGAAUUGUUCAUCUCCAGCUGGUUCGUUGUUUCUGGGAUGAUAUGCGAUCUCACUGGAAAUGUUUUCUGUGUGCUUUUGCCGUUUUCUGGUCUCUGAACAGAAUCGAUCUGUUGAAGCAGGAGGAUACCCAAUACGGCAGCUUCAGUCAAUGUGAAUGUUUACCGCAUCAUCAGUGGAGUAAAAGGAGAGGCAUAGAUAUCCGUUUUUAUCAUUCAGCCCAUCGUCUUAUGAUGGAUUCCGACCACGUAAAAGGACGUCUGUUAUUGUAACGGAGGCUUUUGUCUAUAGCAACAGUUAUAUUACUGCUGUUUGACUCAGAAGGAUUUCUACUUCAAAAGGACUGGCUCUUGGAAGCCCAAAUAGCUCCUCGCAAUAUUGAAAAAUGAGUUUUUCUCUAGGUGAUCCAGAGAGGCUUGACCUUUGGGUAAGCAACCAAAGAAGAGAGUGCUGGACUCCCAAUUCACACUCCCGCUUGUGCAGUGAACACUUUGAGAGUCAUCACUUCACCACGGACUCCAGGGUACAAACACAUUACUUCAUAUUUUGGUUAAGAUUGAAAAAAUUGAAGCAUUAGCUGUAUAAUAUACAGAUGUUACAUUGUGAAAUGAACUUUGUCUGACAAAAAUGUCCCUGGACUGUCACGUCUGAUGUGAGGAUGCACAACGACGGCACCAUUUAAGCUAGAAAUAAAAGUAGCCAUAACAAACCUCCUGGCCUUCUCAAUUUUAGCAGGCUUUACAACUGCCCUCCAGCUACAUCUAUGGGUGAUGGAUGACAUGAUGAUCAUCAUAUAAGGGUGUAGAAGGUGAAGCCGGUGCAGGUCCUCCUUUAUCAUGUUGACCUGCUUCACACUGCUGACCACCCCCAUGUCAUUGUCACCACAGUAGAUGAGAAGGACAUCAGGAGCUGCUCUUCCUCACAGGGAGUGGAAAAAGAAGGGGAGAAGGUCUUUCCACCUCAGUCUGCCCCAACCGAACCAGGAGACAUGGACGUCAAGGAGGCCAAGGUUGUCUCAGAGGUUCUCUGCAGCUCUCUGGGCACCACACCUCACAUAGCUGUCUCCAAUGAUCCAAAUGGCUGUGGAGAAAAAACAACAGGUUUGGCCUAGCUGUUUAAAGUACAAAACCAUUCAUGAAGUGGUCAAGACAGGUACUUGGUACUUACACUUGCUGCGUUGUGUAGCUGAUGUUGGGGCAGCAGUAGCUCAACAGGUUGAGUGGGUUGUCCAGUAAUCGGAAGGUUGCAGGUUCAAUCCCGGCUCCGGACAGCGAAUUCUGCUGUUGUUUCCUUGGGCAAGACACUUAACCUGCCUUGCCUGCUGGUGGUGGUCGGAGGGUCCGGUGGCGCCAGUACUCGGCAGCCUCGCCUCUGUCAGUGUGCCCCAGGGCAGCUGUGCUACAUCGUAGUUCAUCCCCACCAGUGUGUGAAUGUAUGUGUGAAUGGAUGAAUGAUACACUGUAGUGUAAAGCGCUUUGGAGUCCUUACUCUGAGAGGUGUUGGUCAUUUAUCAUUAUCAUUUGGAGACACACAGGCUGCCAUGGUGACCUUUUAACAGAUAUAAGAAAAAAAUGUAAUAAAAGAAUGAAACUUAAAAUCUCCCAUACCUCAUUUCAUGAUUGCUAAUCAGCUAUGGCUGAUUUAUUGUUUGGAUCACAGUAAGUUACACUAAUUCUAAUAUAUUUUUAUUUCUGUUAUACAUACAUUUUAAUUUUUAUUUUCAAAGGAUGAAGAUCAGCACCUCCAAAUCUGAGACCAUAGUUCUCAACCGGGAAAGGGUGGCUUGCCAACUCCGGGUCAGGAGAGAGGUCCUACCUCAAGUGGAGGAGUUUGAGUAUCUCGGGGUCUUGUUCACGAGUGAGGGUAGGAGGGAUCGGGAGAUUGACAGGCGGAUUGGUUCAGCCUCUGCAGUGAUGCGGACACUGAGCCGAUCUGUCGUGGUGAAGAGGGAGCCAAGCCAGAAAGCCAGGCUCUCGAUUUACCUGUCGAUCUACGUCCCAAUCCUCACCUAUGGUCAUGAGCUUCGGGUAAUGACCGAAAGAACGAGAUUGCGGAUACAAGCGGCCGAAAUGAGUUUCCUCUGUAGGGUGGCCGGGCUCAGCCUUAGAGAUAGGGUGAGGACCUCGGACAUUCGGGAGCGACUCGGAGUAGAACCGCUGUUCCUCCGGAUCGAAAUGAGUCAGUUGAGAUGGGUUGGGCAUCUGGUCAGGAUCCCUCCUGGACGCCUCCCUGGGGAGGUGUUUCGGGCAUAUCCUGCCGGCAGGAGGCCCCCGGAUCCACCCAGGACACGUUGGAGAGAUUACAUCUCCAAUCUGGUCCGCGAACGCCUUGGGUUCCUGCCGGAGGAGCUGGUGGAGGUGGCCGGGGAGAGGACGGUCUGGAGCUCCCUAGUUGGGAUGCUGCCCCCGCGACCCGGACCCGGAUAAGCGGAGGAAGACGACGACGACAGUUUUCACAGGACUGUUAUCAGGCUCUCUUGUUCUGGUUCUCAUGAUAAUUCAGUUUCUUCCAGUGAGUUAUCUUGUGCUUACUUCAUCUGUAUAAUGUCUCUUUACUUUUGGUGAAUUGUACUGAGUCCAGAAUAAAGGCUACUUGGCUGUACAAGAUACAAACAAGUAUUAAGUUUUAGAAAUAUAUGAAAUGGAUUUAGCCUGCUAAUUUAUCUCAAAUACUAAUAACUACCGUAUUUUCCUGACUAUAAGUCACACUUUUUUUCAUAGUGUGGCCGGUCCUGCAACUUAUACUCAGGAGCGACUUAUAUACCAAAUUAUGUAGGCUAUACCGCACUGCUGCGGGCCGGCUCCAGACCAGGAAUGAGCUCCCCUGCCCCGCUGGGAAUAAAAAACACACAGCCAUCACCUGCUGGAGCCUGUGGCGCACCUGAUCUGGCCCAGGAGUGAGCUCCCCUGACCCGCCGGGAACUAAAAACACACAGCCAUCAGCUGAUGGAGACUGGUGUGCGCUGCUGCGGGCCGGCUCUGACCCAGGAAUGAGCUCCCCUGUCCCUCUGGGAGGGUUUCAAACACUGCCAUCCUCUACUGGAGACCGUGUCGCUCUGCUGCGCCCGCGUUGUUUAUUCUGUUAUUGUUACUGGUACUUGUCUUGCAAUGUGAAACGCAUUGGUCUCAGAUUUUGUAAGAAAAAUAAUAAAGUUUCCCCCCAAAAUGCGACUUAUAGUCAAGUGUGUCCAGUAUGUAUGUUCUUUUCUUCUUCAUUAUACAUUUUAUGGCUGUUGCAACUUAUACUCCGGAGCGACUUAUAGUCCGGAAACUAUGGUACGAUAAAAAUAUUGAAAACUUGCUCAAAGCAAAAUAUAUUUUCAUUAAGGAAAUAACUUAUUAACUUACCGAUUUAAUUCUUUUUUAUUCACAGAAAGAUAGUUUUCAUGAAAAAGUGCCGCAAACCUCCACACAGAGCUUCAGGUCGCUGGCAUUCCACAGAGUUAGCUCCGGCUGUCAAUCAAUCAAUCAAAGCUUUAUUUAUAGGCUGUAGCUACUUUCAUUAGCUUAGCUCCCUC